AAAACAUCUGGCCGACUCUCAUGCCGCCUGUGCGGCGUGCAGUGUGGGGCGAUUUGCAACUCGCCGGAGGUCGUGGGCAGGUGUCAACUUUCGGCGUCCUUGUGGCUAGCAUCCAACCCCGCAGUCGACACUGAAUUGAAGAAACGGCCAGUCAAGAAGAACGACUCAGCCGCAGAUCUCACAGAGAGGUAUCGCGUACUCCUAGAGUCUGCAUUCUUCAAUCUUUCGGUCUUGAUAUCCGCCAUUCCAGACGGGCUCCACCUCACUGACAUACCAGCUCGUCCCAUUUCCACACAUACAAGAACCCUCAGGGUCGUUCUCUCUGAUCUCUGGCAACUUAUCUUAUCAUACACCAACGAAAUGGGCUCUCCGGGUCUUCUCAUCUCGCCUUCUGAUCGCAACGAUACCAUCAUGGCGGACUAUGCUGCUUUCCUAAGCAACAACCUGGUCGCAGAGAACGGCCAUCAAUUCCUGGAUCUUGACGGUAUGCCCUUCCUACCAUUACAAGCUCCACCUCCCUCCUUCACUUCGGCCGUAGCUCUGGUGGGGAGCGAAAAGGAUUACUGGAGCUGCUUCUAUGGAGAUCCUUCAGGAUUGUCCGAAGCAGCACCUGCUUGCCGUUCUGUGUCUGUUUCGUCAGAGGGAUCCGACAACAGUGAAGCCAUCUUCAUACAUUGGACAGACCCAAAAGCGACACCUACAACUUCUCGGAAACGAUCUAGAGAUCAACGAAGCCAAGAAGACCCGACAGUCGCAAAGAACAAGGGAAAAGCUCGCAAACAGAACGAAGACAAAUCGCCAGCUGAAAGAGAAGAUCACGACGAAUCGCUGAAGCGAAAGCAAGCACACUCGGCAAACGAACGGCGGUACCGUGAUAAACUCAACAACAACAUGAAGCAGCUCUACCACACUUUGCUUGAAUCCAAGCAAACUUCAAGGCUGAGUCGGUACCAAUUCAGCGACAAUCGAAUCUCGACAGGCCUGCCCAGCGACAUCAAGAAAGCAGACAUCAUCAGCGAUGCUAUCCAGUAUAUUCACCAAGCUCAGGUCGACAAUCGACAUAUGGCGGCGGAGAUCUCACAGCUGAAGGCCCGGAUCCAGAUGUUGGAAUGUCUGGAACGAAAUGUCGUCCAAGAUGUUGUGAAAUCUAAUCACAUUUACACCGCGAAGGAACUGUAAAUUGCAAUGAGUCAUAGGAUGGAACAGUUGUUUGCUCUGCUAAGGUGGACUCUGAUGCUAUAGCGUAGUCAGCGCUUCAGAUUCGCUGCCUCCAGAAUUGACGUUUGACAGGAGGAAUGAGUGCGAGGUGCAUUUGUUGGUCCAUUUGCUGAAUUAGGCCCUCAAGGCAGAGCGAGAAGAGCACAACAGGCGCCAUACUGCACCCAACCAGCACCCCUGCGUUUCGCUCACCACUCAGCUUGCCCCAUCAGAGGUCUUGAGCCAGGUCUCCCAGGGUAAUACCUUGUCCCUGGGCCGGCCACAUGAGAAACCUCCACGAAUAAGUAUAUCUGCUCCUUGGGGGCUGUCAACAGCACGGAAAGUUCCAUCCGUUCCUACGUGGGCAGGUUACCACGAUUGAGGGAUCAUCCCCGUGUUCCGCAAACUCUACUGCGUACACGCGAGGUAUCCCUGCUUAUCGGCUCGUUGACGAGCUUCCUCCUGCGUUCGCCGAUAGGACCACCACAUGCCUAGUGACGUCAAUUGGAACGGCAGAUCCGGAGUGAAGACGAGCUUUGAAUCUUCACAGGCAAAGGUGGAUGAAUCUGCAGGUCCGAAAUGGUCGCCUCCUCAUGGCUAGCUGUGGAAGAUCCCAGCAUAAUCGUAUCGACGCUCAGGUCCGGGCUUCGCCUGCAAUCAGGAACUCGCGGAUUGAUUGGACGGAGAGCGAGAGGCAUUCACCAAUUGCAGUGAUACUGGCUGACACAGUGUCUCUUUCUGCAGGUCAGGUUUCAACGUCACCGCUUUCCCCGUAGCUUGGCCAACAUGAAAACAUUGGUCGCACCUUCCUUUGGAGGCAUAGUCCGGCUUGAUGCACCCCCUCAGAACUGGUAUUUCGGUCCAGAGAAAAAGAGGCGUCAGCGCAGGGUGAAGCUGGGACUAUCUGGUCACCAACAAAGGUCGGGCUUCCAGUGCCGAUGACGUGUAGCUUUACACCUCUCAAGCGUGUGUGAGCUUCCCUCGGAGACACUGGAUGUCAAGUCUCGAAUGAAAUCUCGAUCGAUUCUCAUUCCAAGCUCGAGUGCUUUCGUGCGCAGGCUGGGAGCCACACCUCGCAGACCUGGACGUUGCGCGCGCUGGAAUGCCAAUAUUGAAGCUUGUGCUCUUUGUGCACGGUUGGCUUCCCGUUUCCGCGGAUUUCGUCGACAAUACGGAUAUUACCUCUGCCAUGAGCAUGGCUGGGGAAGCCGAGACCAUUGGCGUAUGGGCUUGAGUGCUUGCCGGGAUCGAAUAAGAGUGAGCAUGUCUUCGGUGGAGUGCCAGAAAACAGGCCAUUGUUCAUCCUGUCAGGUCCAAUCGCGCACAUUGAAUCUCCGACUGCCACUGUUCGACUCAGACUGGCUCGCAGCCUGCAUACCUGCACCCUUCACUCUGCACCCUGAAAAAUUGCAUGGCACCCAUACGGGUUCUUGUCUCAGAGCAUACCAACAUGUGUGCCUAGAAGCCAUAACGGUGCAGCUUGCACGAACGACCGGCUCAAUUGACAACCUGCUGUUCCCGCGGCGAGAGCUGCCUUAACCACUCCAUCUCGUAGCUCGGCCGACGCUCUUUACUUGAGAAACACCCCAGCUGGCCCGUCCAUUCCCUGGAUCAACUCAACCUAGCAACCAGAAUCUGGAUGGGUCCAUCAUCAUGCAUGUUAGAUAAACCCAGAGCCAACGUCCCUUUCAGAUUCGAAGUCGAUGUCUAUGACAUGCAGCUCGAUUGUGGCAGUAGCCCGUGUCUGCCUUUCAUAUCAGGUACAGCUUCUGCACUGGCGUCAACCUCCGGCAUCCUUCUUCUACGAAACGAUGAGGCCAUCGCAGAAAGUAUAGCAAGCAGACCUCACGAUCUACUGGCAGUGAAUCGCGAGAUCGGUCCAAUGAUGAUGAAAAACAUCUGAUCCAUUCGGAUCUAUCACCACGUGGUAAAUCCUUGAAACGCAUCCACACCCGCUGUUGAUACUUUAUUGUGAUGCAAAUGUCUUGUCGAACGUGGCUAGUCAAGUAAAAUGGCAUGCAGCUGUAAGUUUGAGAAGCCAUGUUCCUGCUUACCUAGUACCUGAACGUCCGGCAACUUUGUCCAAGCGAGAAGUAGGAUCUGCGUAACGAAGCUCAAAGCAAAUCAUCCAUCACACAUUGGCUACGAAAGUGCAAUCAGGAGAUUCCUUCUUCGACAUGCUUCAGUCCGCGUCUCCUGAGGCUUGCAGAUACGGCACAACAGAGGGCGAUCCGAACGACCAGUGAGUGCGGUGUAUGGUUAUCAGCCUCGCAGGUGGAUUUGAUGGAGCCAAUCGAUUCAAGAGGGAGAAAGCUUCCGUGGACGUCCCCCAGCGCCGCAGCUUAGGAAGCAGCUGCCAUCCCAACACUCUUUCAAUUGGGCGAUGCCGUGAGGAACAUGGCUUGGCUCUUGACGCACUCGCAUGGUGCACCGUUCGCAGGACGAUGUGGGUAGGAUAAGUACUGCGAUGUGGCGUUUGCGAAGUACAAUUUAGACAAUCGAGAAGAUCGGAGCUGCCGCCGUGCUAAGGCGCCACGGUGCCACAGCGACCCUCAUGUUAUCUACGACAUUGAGUGGGAUGUCGAAUCUGCAUUGUCCAUCUCAAGAAUGCCAUGGCUACACCCAUUCACGCGAUUCUGCUUGGACAACCUGAGUCGCAGCUUGGCUGACCAAAGCUCGCGGUGGUCUCAGAGCAGAUGGUCUUCUAAGUCUAGGAACAUGGAGCUCACCCCGUAACAUCUGCUUCUGCCUGCGUUGGCUCCGAAAGUCAUGACCGCCGUGAGACUCCUGCAACGUCAAUGGGAUACGAAGGAGGCAUCUCUUGGUUGGCACAAAUUGAUGUUCGUUUCUCCCUGACACCUCCAUGGAUGUGGUCAUGGCUAGACAUUUUGAGCUUUGAAGGGACGAGGACAACAUCACUCACGGGAAUUGCAUGGGAAAGAUCUCUGCUUCGGCAAUAAGCGUGGCAUCCGUGCAUCUGUGAGUGUCUCUGGCCGUGACGCAGCCAACCAAUGCUCAUAGCAACCAGAGGUGCCAGAGCCAUAGUCAAAAUUUGCGACCCGAGGAAUUGGUCCGUACGGGCAGAUCGUACGAGCAGAUUUGCGCACGGGGCACGAUACAGAUUGAUCAGAUCAACAGCGCGAUUUUUGAAGGCGAGCUAUUUUUGAUCGAGUACUUUCAUUCGUCAUGCUGGCCUGUGCAGCUGUCAGAGUGUGAAAGCACUGUCCACAGCCCAUCCAGACCUGGGAACCAGUAACUGGUUCA